AUGGCCGAUAACAGCGAUGGCUAUGUCGAGGUUUUCGACGAUGAGGAUUUUCUAGAGCUACAGGCACCCUCUCCCAGAAGCAACAAUAAUUCUGGGCAACUAUUUCUUCCAAAUCCAUCUGCACCAGCUGCUUUUCCCACACAUCGGAGAGCUCAACACGUACCUCGUUACCCGCGAAGACAUCCGGCUGUGUUCUCGCCUCAGCAAUCACAACAGCCACCUGAGCCUGCACCCGUCAUCGAUCUCACCGAAGAGCCGGAUUCUCCCGUCCUAUCACGAGCCGGCUUUGCACCAGCGGAGGCUGCUAUACCUGCUGCAAGGAACCCACGAAGGACGAACUCGCAGCGAAUAUCACCACCGCAAUUGGCACGAACCGACGGCACAUUUGUUGGUCGCACAGCAAGCGUGAUAGACCUUACCGUGGACUCGCCCGAAGAAGAACGACAGUCGAAUUAUGCAACAAGGGCGCGCGUGAUCCCGCUCGCAGACGAGUUGAUUGAGCUGGAAAUAAUAAGUCAGCGACCAGCUCUCGGAGGGCUUCCCAACUUUGCUGCUUUUGGCCCGUUAAGGAGACUGGCCGGUAUUUUUGGUGCAAGUGCCGGAUUCAACCCGCCCAAUCUCGACAUAUCUCGCAACGCCUUUGCCCAACCGCCCACUCCCAAACCACCAAUGGAGACACCUCCGCCUACUCGGGAGGGGUUCUCCCGAAAUACAUGCACCGACCCUGAAGAGUCAGAACGAGUCGUCAUUUGUCCGGCAUGUAAUGAAGAACUGGCCUACGACCCGACAGGCACAGUAACAGCGAGCUCAGUUGGUAGUUCUAAAGGAAAACGUAAGCGAUCGCCUGGAGAGCAUCACUUCUGGGCUGUGAAGAAGUGCGGACAUGUAUACUGUGCCGAUUGCUACGAAAAUAGAAAGCCAUCCAAAGCAAACCGUGACGGCGCGGGUUUUCGUGGUCCUAAUGGGCAAGCCCCGACUGGCACGAACCCUGAUCUCCGAUGUGUGGUCGAGGGCUGUGACAGCAAGGUGGCUACCAAAACAGAAUGGGUGGGAAUUUUCCUUUGA